AUGCCAACGGACACAGAGCAGAAGGCGGACUACCUAUGCUCCUAUGGGAUGAAGUUCAACUGGGACAUCAACGACCCACAGAUGCCGCAGGAGCCCACCCACUUUGAUCAUUUCUGUGAGUGGCCCGAUGGCUAUGUGCGUUUCAUCUACCGUGACGAUGAGAAGAAGGCGCAGCGCCACCUGAGCGGCUGGGCCAUGCGUAACACCAACAACCACAAUGGUCACAUCCUCAAGAAGUCGUGCCUGGGUGUGGUAUUAUGUGCACAGGCCUGUGCCCUGCCAGAUGGCUCCCGCCUGCAGCUACGGCCCGCCAUCUGUGACAAGGCCAGACUGAAACAGCAGAGGAAAGCAUGCCCCAACUGUAGCUCCUCUUUGGAGCUGAUUCCCUGCCGAGGGCACAGUGGAUAUCCUGUAACCAACUUUUGGCGGUUAGAUGGCAAUGCUAUAUUUUUUCAGGCCAAGGGAGUUCAUGACCACCCAAGACCAGAGAGUAAAUCAGAGACAGAAGCUAGAAGAAGUGCCUUCAAGAGACAAAUGGCCUCUUCUUACCAAGCCCAGAAGAAGAGAAUGAGAGAGCCUGAGUCAGAAGAGGGCCAAGACAACGAUGGACAUUUCAGUAACCUACCGCCUCUGGAAAAUGCAGAGCAGUUUGAUAUAAUGACUGACGUUGGCUUCCCUGUUUCAGGACACCCAUGCCUCUCCUACCCCAACUUGGAUGCUUUCAAAACUUCCUAUGACCUAGCCACCUUCCAAGGAGACAUAAUGCCACCCUUUCAAAAAUACCCAAACCCAAGAAUCUAUUUGCCUAGGUCACCUUGUAGCUAUGACUUGGCAGGCCCUGGGUACACACAUUCUAGCCCAUACCCCACCCUUUAUAAAGACUCCACCAGUAGCUCUAAUGACACAGACUGGGUUCAUCUCAACACGCUACAGUGUAAUGUCAAUUCCUACAGUAGUUACGGGAGAAGCUUCGAUUUCACCAGUCAGCAACAUGGAUGGAAGCCAGCCCUUGGAAAACCUGGCCUUGGAGAGAGGACUGACCAUGGACAGUUCCAGGCUAUGACCCCUUGUCCUUAUUAUAACCCAGAGCAUUCCUGCAGGUACCACAAGACUCCCUCCCCUGGUGCUCCAACCCUACAAACUGUGAUUACCACCACCACCAAAGUGUCCUACCAGGCCUAUCAGCCCCCUGCUCUGAAAUACAGCGAUACUGUGCAUGAGGGCAAGAGCCUUUCAAGCUGUAAUUAUGCUUCUGAAAACACCCCCAUAUCCAUCUAUGCAGAAGGCUUGGACUUUCCAGGUACAGUGACCAAGGAAGCCUCCCCAACAGGGUCACUUGCUUUGAAAAUUCCAGAAGAUUGCCAUACCCUCAGAUCCACACUGGCUCUUUCUCAGGAAUCAACUCCCUCCAGGGCAGACCCAGCAGAAACUUGGGCUAUGUAUCCAUCAGGGCUGGAGCCUGCGAUCAGUUACUCAAACGGAGUUGGUCAGUUAUUUAACUAUGACAAUGAGGACUUCUGA